UAUGCAACUUCAGUAGUAGGCUAUAGCAACUGUAGGCCUAUAUUGAUAUGUGGAUCAUGAGGAGGGAAUGCAGUCUGUUAUAUGCUGCUGUAAGUAAGAUGACCGUUGUAAAGUGGGCAGGAGGGGCCAGGUUUGGAAACUAAACAACCAAAGAAAUUGAUAGAUUCCCUGAACUUAUCUGAGAGGAAAUGAUUGGUCUAAAGUCUAAAUCGACUUAUAAUCAGAACCACUUUUAAAUCGUAGCCUACCUACAGCCCCUUUUUAAAGAUCUUCAAUUCCAGAAGCCUAUAUUUCCAAUGUGGGCGUGCUCAACUUGAAUGUGAAUGAGCCUGACAAGAAUGCAGACCAUUUCAGAGAAGUAACAUACAAGACAUUCGAAUACGGAUACCCAACUAGUCAUUUCAAACUUCUAAUAAUUAAUGAUUAUUUAUUGAUGGGUUAACACUUAACCAGAGGACUUUGUUAUUUGAAUAAUCUAUCAAAUAGGCCUAGAUCAGAUGGAGAGACACGCCACAAUUACUGUGGCCUUCAAUUUUGCAUAUAGGUUUGCUCUCAACCAACAAUUGUACCAUUUAUUAAGGCACUGACUGAAGCAUACAUAACGACAUGGAAAUUAACACAGCGGGUGCGUCAUCAGAAGGUAUUAAAGCUUGGAAUAUUUCAAAUCGACCUCACAAUGUGGCAGAUAUGAAGGGUUUUUCUGUUUCUAUUUAUUUGCUGUUAGCUCUAGGCCUUACUGUUCACCACGGCCUAUCCAGAUACACGAAGGAAUCUUCAGAGUUUAAUUUGGAUGGAGAUUUUUUGCUGGGUGGAUUGUUCAAUAUCCAUCUCGCCAACGGCACUAUUCUGGACAGACCAGAGGCUAUCGAUUGCUCUAGUCAGCCAAUUAACCGGGCCAAUUACCGGAGGUUUCAAGUGAUGAGGUUCACCAUAGAAGAAAUCAAUAACUCAACCGUCCUUCUUCCAAAUGUGAAACUUGGGUAUGAGAUAUUGGACCACUGCUCACCCAUUUACAACUUCCCUGGUGUAUUGGACCUCAUCUCAUUUAACGGAUCGAUCCGGUUCAGCUGGGGGGCAAGUGACUACCGACCCUUAGGCAAGGUGAUGGGCGUGAUCGGUGCGUCUUCCAGCGCCGACAGUCUGGCAAUAGCACCGUUGUUCACGCUCAAAUUAAUUCCCUUGAUCAGUUACGCAGCCUCGAGUUCCGCCCUUUCAUUGAGAGCCAAAUAUCCAGCUUUCCUUCGCACAAUCAGUUCCAACAAAGAUUUGGUGGAUGUGAUUAUUCGGGUCUUGCAGCACUUCAAGUGGACGUGGGUCGCUCUCUUAUACAGCGAUGAGGCAUUUGGAAAAGAUGGUCUUGAAGUGUGCAUUCACGAAGUGGUACCCACGGAGAUAUGCCUGGCGUACAUCGCUGCAAUCGAUGAUAACACGAAUUUCCUCAAUGUAUUCCAACAAAUAGAUCUUCUGAACAUAUCUGUGAUUGUUGUUUAUUCUGUUCAACCGAAAGCGUUGGCCCUGAUUGAGGCGGCAGUAGUACAUAAUGUCACCAACAAAGUGUGGAUAGCGACAGACACUUGGUUCUUUAGCAAAAGUCUUACCAACCGAAGUGAAAUUGAAAGGAUCGGAACUAUAGUGGGAGUCUCUGAGAAAACCGCUAACCUUUCUGGUUUUGAAGACUUUAUAAAUUCAAAAAAUCAUAGGAAGCCCCAUAAUGUAACAGGAGAUUUUGUUUGCGAACAAGAUUGCAACUGUGACGAUAUUACAGGCAAAGACAUACUUGCGGAGGAAGCCUCUUAUAAUUUCCAAGUUUACACAGCUACAUAUGCCAUUGCACAGGCACUUCACAACGUGCUGGAAUGUGACAGGGGCAAGUGCAAGGUCAAUGGUACAGUGUACCCCUACAUGGUUCUAAAUGAAGUGAAGAAGACGAACUUGACGCUUCUUAAUAUGACUAUUCAGUUUAACGAGUUUGGUGGAUUGAAAUUCCCCAGUGUGAACAUAUUUGUCUUGGCUAAGGGCGUUAUCACGCAAGUGGGCUCUUAUGAAACCAAUCCCUCAGUCGUGUUGUCCAUUAACAGCAGCUUGAUUCAGUGGCACGCAAAUGGAACGGUACCUGAAUCAGUGUGCUCUCCUGAAUGUGAUGUUGGAUAUGCAAAAACACCAGAAGGAAUCCACAGAUGUUGCUUUACGUGUGAGAAAUGUAAAAAUGGAACUUAUCUGAACAUCACAGCCGACGCCUAUCGCUGCCAGGAAUGCUCCAUAUCUGAAUGGUCUUUGGCCGGAAGCACAUCCUGCCAGCUCCGCUCGGUGGAGUACAUCCCCUACUCGGACCCCAUGGCCAUCCUGAUCAUUGUUGCCGCCAUGAUUCUGGCGGGGCUCUCGCUGGCCAUCGCUGUUCUCUUCCUCGUCCACCACAACACGCCCGUGGUCAAGUCCGCCGGCGGCCUCAUGUGCUUCAUCAUCCUGGUCUCCCUCGCCCUGUGUACCAUCAGCAUCUUCUUCUACUUCGAAAAGCCGUCCACCGCCAGUUGCAUCCUGAGAUAUCUGCCCUUCGUGUUGUUCUACACCGCCUGUCUGGCGUGCUUCUGGGUUCACGCCUUCCAGAUCGUCUGCGCCUUCAAAAUGGCCGCCAAGUUCCCCAAGUUCUACAGUUUGUAUAUGAAGCACCACGGUCAGUGGUGGCUCAUCGCGCUGCCGGUCCUCCUGCAAGCGGUACUGCUGACGACCGGCUACGCCUCCAGCCCCCCCCAUCCGGUCAACCAGACCGACCUGUACCCGGACAAGAUCCUACUCGCUUGUGGAGUGGGUCAUUCUAUCCUCUUCUCCAUGUCGGCCAUCUUGCUCGCCUUCCUGGUCGUCCUCUGUUUCGCUUUGUCCUACAUGGGGAAAGACCUGCCCAAGAACUACAACGAGGCCAAGGCCAUCACCUUCUGCCUGCUGCUGCUCAUCCUCACCUGGGUCUUCUUCCUCACAGAGUACACCGUCUACCACGGCGAGUACAUCCAGACCCUCAACGCCCUGGCCGUGCUCUUCAGCCUAUACGCCAUCCUGGUCUGUUACUUCCUGCCCAAGUGCUACAUCAUCCUCUUCCAGCCCCAGAACAACACGCCGCACUACUUCCAGGAACUUAUCCAUGAUUAUACCAAACAAAUCAGCAGCCAGUGA